UGUUGUAGAGUAGGGGUGGGUGUUUGCCCUUUUCUCACAGCUUUAUUUUACACAAACUACAUGUCAGGAAUGGGUUCAACCGCAGACAGAUGAGUGACCUGUUGGUGAUUUUCCAAGUGUACUUUUCUGAUACGUUAAAGUAUUGAGAUUGAUUUUUCUGCCAGUGUGAUGCAGGACCACAGGGGUCCAGAUACUACCAAGGAGAGUAGAAAAGGGCCUCAGCAUUUGGAAACAAUAGAUGUCCCGCACCUGUAUACACCUGGGAGUUCGCUAACUCACCUGGGCACGCUGCUGGGGAGAACAGAACUGCGCUCCUCUGAAUGGGACAGUGUUCCUCUUCGGGUGGAUCAGAGUCUCUCUUCACUGCCCAGGAUCACUCGCGAUUCAGUGAGACAGUACCUGCAGUUUCACCCAGACCAGACUGUCCGCAUUCUCCAUGCCAAGGUGGCACAGAAGUCUUAUGGUAACGAGAAACGAUUCUUCUGCCCCCCGCCAUGUGUUUACCUCAGCGGAUCGGGCUGGAAACUCAAACAAGAGCAUCUGAAAGCUACUGGACUAGCAGAGGCCAGCUGUCGACUCUGUGGCUACAUGAGCUUGGACUGCACAGAAGGCACACAGGCAGACACCUUCAAGCUAAGCUUUGAGGAGCAGUCUGAUACCAGGAUGUUUGCCUGUGCUAAGACCCUGUACAUAUCGGACACGGACAAAAGGAAACACUUCCGCCUGGUUCUCAAGCUCUUCUUCAGCAACGGCCAGGAAGUGGGCUCCUUUUACAGCAAGCUGAUAAAAGUCAUCUCCAAGCCGUCCCAGAAGAGACAGUCCAUGAAGAAUGCUGACUUGUGCAUUUCCUCAGGAUCUCGUGUUUCCCUGUUUAACCGUUUGCGGUCCCAGACAGUAAGCACGCGAUACCUGGCUGUGGAGGAUGGAUCUUUUGUGGCCAGUGCCAGGCAGUGGACCGCCUUCGCUAUCACUUUAGUGGGAGACCAGCCUUCGGCCCAUGGGGACUACUCAGUGUGUGAGGGUUAUAUCUGCUACGGCUGUGUGGUCCAGUUAGUGUGCACUGACACUGGAGUGGCCCUACCUCCAAUGGUGAUUCGGAAAGUCAAUAAGCAACAUGCCAUACUGGAUGUGGACGAGCCCGUGUCUCAGCUGCAUAAAUGUGCUUUCCAGUUCAAGGACAACAACCAGAUGUACUUGUGUCUCUCCAAUGAGAAAAUAAUCCAGUUCCAGGCCUCUCCAUGUCCACAAGAGCAGAGUAAAGAAUUAUUAAACGAUGGCUCCUGCUGGACCAUCAUUGGAACAGAGACGGUGGAGUACACCUUCAGCGAGAGUCUGACCUGGAGUCAGGGCUCCAUCAGCCCCGUUCCUGUCAUCACAGCUCUGGAGCUGAAUGGGGGGGGCCAUGUGGCCAUGCUGGAAUUGCACGGUGAAAACUUUGGCCCUCACCUGAAGGUUUGGUUUGGAGACGUUGAGGCAGAGACGAUGUUCAGGACCCCUAAGUCCAUGUUGUGCGUGGUUCCCGAUGUGUCCGUGUUCAGUGGAGAGUGGAGGUGGCUGAGGCACCCCAUCACCGUGCCCCUGUCCCUGCUCAGGGUGGACGGCCUCAUCUACCGCAGCACCUUCUCCUUCACCUAUACCCCAGAGCACACCACUCCGGCCCAGCCGCGCAGGGCUGGCACAGAGCACACUGCAGAUUCCGACUCCCUCAUCGACACCAUCCACCAGGAGUUCACCCGCACCAACUUCCAUCUGUUCAUGCAGAGCUAACGCCAGGGACAUCUGAUCAUGUACCUUUGAGUGUGUGUGACACUUUGAAGGCACACUGAUAUAGCAGGGCUGAGCUGUAACAGUAGGCAUAAUAAAUGUAUGAGUGCAAUAAUUAUUCAUUAGUCCAUACAUCUGUGAACAUGUAGACACAGUGAUUAUAUAUAUUUUUACUGACAAAGACAAUCAUACAUUCAUUAACUCUGUGAAUCCAUGUGUCUUUUGAACAUACAUUAUGUGUUGAAGACCUUGCAUUUG